AUGGGUGUCGAUGCCAGCGCAGUCCCGAAAACAGAAACUCCGCUGCCCUGGCUAGUCCACGACAAGGGGCCCCUUCAUCUUGCCAUUGUCGUUACGCUGGUCUUGACCGCGCUGUUGGUUUACUCGCUCAGAGCCUUCACUCGUGGAAAGCUCCUUCGCUCCUUCGGCAUCGAUGAUGGACUAAUGGUUCUGGCCGCUUUAUGCACAAUAGGAAUCUUCAUCACGUUCACUGGAGUCGUAGAGCUCGGUCUGGGACAGCAGCAAGACGACUAUGUCUUACCCGCCAGCAAGACCGUCCAAAUGGGUCCGUGGAUGUGGGCGUUGAACUCAUUCAUCAUCUUUGGGCUUGGUCUCGUGAAGCUGUCGGCUGCUUUCACUCUUUUGCCUCUUACAAGUGCUAGACGCCAGUCGUAUCUACAGAUGGGACGCACUUUCCUUCUCAUCUGCCUCAUCCUACUCGUGUUCUGGCACACAAUUGAAUGGUUCACAUCGCUUCUUGCUCAGUGUGUACCGCUCGUGGCGGCUUGGGAUCUCUCGCGCGAUAAUACGGCAUUGUGUAUGUCGCAAAGCGAGUCCGAGAUUUGGGCCAUGGCGAAUUACUCGAUCAACACAGCGUCCAACGUGCUGAUGGUCGUCGUUGUUUUACCCAUCGCCGUCGGUACUCCUUCCAAUCUUGGAGCCAAGCUACACAUCCUCGCAGUUCUAUUAUUGGGUCUCUUUGUAUGCGCUGUAGCCAUCAUCAGAACCCGAACGGUCUACACCUCUUGGGGUCACGUUGGCCAUCGCAACAACUUCGACUUGAAUUUCACUACCUGGGGCAUGAUCGAAUUCCUAGCUGCCAUGAUAGCCGUCAACCUCAGUACUUUGGUGCCUCUUGGUAGAGCAAUCCGUGAUCCUCUCGAUACACCCCGCAAAGCCCCGCGUGUGGCCGCCAUCUCUGGCCCCAUCGCCGGCAGCACUGUUCACCUCAUUCACGGCGAUGUUGACGAUCUCGUUCCCAGCUACUCCGAGUCUUACGAGCCGGAGAUGGAUGACUCCUACAACUCGUAUAACUCUCGCUAUUCUGGCCAAACAGUUAUCUACCGCCCUGAUACAGCAUACUUCCCCUCUCACGGCCAUAACAACAACAGCCUAACACGCUUUCACGACGACGAAUCUAACCUUGACUUCGACAUCGAAGCACCCUCAACCCGAUCCAGCCCUCGUAGGGUCACAAAACCAGGACCAUCUUCGCGCUUCUCCGUAUCUACCGUCAGCACACGUAGAGUGAGCGACUGGUCACAACUCAGCGGCUUCACAUACUCCCCGCCCAAAGACUCCGAUCCCGAUUUCGAAAAGGCGAUGAGCGGAAGAGCCAGGAUUAGUGCGGCGGAGCUCGAAGAGAUUGUCAAGAGUCUAGGAUUGAAGAGGCAAAGCAGACAUGAAAUCUGGGACAAGGAGAUCGGUCUCUUUGAAGAAAAAAGCGAAGACGGAGGAAGUUCCGUCGCGCCCACAAUAUACCUGGAAGACGAUGAAGACGCCGUUGACAGUGCGGGAGUCCUAUGCACAUGCCCAGCACCACGGGUACGGAACGGCGACGCAGGUGACUCUGCGCUACAAAGCGAAGCAGACUCGAGCGAGAUCACCGUGAUCCGCAUACGUGGGACAGCUAAGUGCAGUCUCCACAAACCCUUACCGCGCAUUCGAUCCCGCGAAUGGCUCGCACGCGGUUAA